AAAAUGACUUAUUUUCCAAGAAAAUAUUUUUCAGGAAUACAUUUUCCUCCCUACCAAACACACCCUAUAUGUGCGCGCAAUUUCAUGUGAAUGUCCAUAUGGUAAAGUUAAUUGAGUGAAAACCAUGUUAAUUGAGAUGUAGGGAAAUUGAUGUUGGUUUCAAUUGGUUGUCCGGAAAUGAUUCCGAGCGUGAGGGGACCUGUUUUUUCGGAAUUGAUAUAUGAUUCUUGUUUGCUUUUUGACAGCCAUGGUUGGUGAUGUGAACAUAUACAUGAAUGACUUGGAUGAUCCCCAAAUGGCUGAAGUCGAGAUUAUGAUAGCUGAGCCAAAGAGUCGUGGCAAAGGACUUGGGAAAGAAUCUGUUCUCAUGAUGAUGGCAUUUGCAGUUGAUAAUUUCAAGAUACAUACCUUCUGCGUCAAAAUUGGAGAGUUAAAUCAAGCCUCUCUCGGUCUAUUCCAAAACUUGGGUUUCAAAGAGACCUCUUACAGUAAAAUCUUCAACGAGAUGACCUUGGAGUUGCCAAUGACCGAGUCAAAGAAUUGUGAGCUACAUCAAUUAAUUGGCAAUAUGGUUACACAUUCAUAGCACCUUGUGUAUGCUGAAGACAUAGUCAAUGUGCGGUGAGCUGCAUCGGUUAAUUGACAACAUGGUUAUACGUUCAUAUUACCCAGAUAAACCAUCCCCUUCAGUGUUGAGUAUAGUUUCAUCCAAAGACUGUUGAAUCAACGUUUGCGACUUGUACUGAUUUUUCACUAUGUCUGGAAAAUAGGCGCAACUUCUUUCACAGUUAUUUUUAUUCUUGACAUUUUGGACCUGAUCUGAAUUACUGGAUGAAACCAAAAGAUGACUAUUAAUUCAUUUCUUUGAUAAGUCAAAAAACAAAGAUGACUAUUUUUUUGAUUGAA